AUGGCCACUGCCUUGGGGGCCCUGCAUCCCCGGGAGGCGCCGGAGGACCCCGUGGCCGGGAGAACCGCGAAGGAGGCCGGCGGGAAGAGGGAGCGGCGAGAACCGGGCGCCGGCGGGGCCGAGGCCGAGGCCGCCGGGGCCGGGGAGCUCUUCGGCCAGCGGUUCCGGCAGUUCAGCUACCGGGAGGUCCCGGGGCCCCGCCAGGCGCUGGGGCGGCUCCGCGAGCUCUGCCGGCGCUGGCUGCGGCCCGACGUGCACAGCAAGGAGCAGAUGCUGGAGCUGCUGGUGCUGGAGCAGUUCCUCAGCAUCCUGCCCGCCCAGCUGCAGGCCCGGGUGCGCGCGCGGCGCCCGGGGAGCGGCGAGGAGGCCGUGGCCGCGCUGGAGGCCCUGGAGCGGGAGCUGGAGGAGCCCGGCCAGCAGGCCCCAGCCCGUGCUCGUGAGCAAGAAGCGUCUGAGCAGGAGAGGGGGACAGCGGCCCAGGAGCUGGACAGCGCCCUGCGGGAGCAGCAGCAGCAGCGCCACCUGGCGGCAGCGCGCCCAGUGCAGCGGAGGGAUGAUGAGACACAGACAUGGGAUGUGGAGUUAGCCCGGGAAAAGAAACUUUCUAAAGAAACUCCAUCUCCUGUGGAAGCACCUAGACAACUGAAUGGCCACAUUAUUCAGCUGCCCAAAGGUGGAGACAUCUGCAGCCACGAGGGACGAUCGGAAAGACAACGGGUCAGCUCCACGGCGGAGAGGCCCUAUGUCUGUGGGGAAUGUGGGAAAAGCUUCACUCAGAAUUCCAUCCUUACCGAGCACCAGAGAACUCACACGGGCGAGAAGCCCUACGGGUGCGAGGAGUGCGGGCGGGCCUUUAGCCAGCGGUCAGGCCUGUUCCAGCACCAGAGACUCCACACGGGGGAGAAGCGCUACCAGUGCCGGGUGUGUGGCAAGGCCUUCAGCCAGAACGCCGGCCUGUUCCACCACCUCAGGGUCCACACCGGAGAGAAGCCGUACCAGUGCGGUCAGUGCCGCAAGAGUUUUAGCCGGAGAUCGGUCCUCAUGAAGCACCAGCGAAUUCACACAGGAGAGAGACCCUACGCAUGUGAAGAAUGUGGCAAGAACUUCAUCUACCACUGCAACCUCAUCCAGCACCGGAAGGUCCAUGCUGUGAGUGGGUCCUGCUAGCUCCCAGUAUGCAGGGAGGCGACCUCUCCUGACCUCAGCUCUAGCUCCGGCCGAGACCCACGCACAACUGAAGACCCACAGAACAAGGGAUCGAAUUGUGCACAGGAGACC